AUGUCACAGUGGCUACCACCUGGUCAAUACCCUCCUGCUUCUCAACCAACUUCUUACUCAAGCUAUCAGGGACCUCCAGCAGGCCCUUCUAACCAAUACGUUCCGGCUAUUCGGCCGCCCUAUCAACGACCACCUUUAAAUUCGACGAACUCACCGUCCAAUGACGAGUUGUCUGUUUCUUUUGAUAAUCUUGCAGUUAGUUUGAGGGGUACUGCUGGGCCAGGAGAAUUAGAUAAUUUCCAGAGAUCACUCUCAUUGCUUAUGCAUGAUUGCUCACAAUCUAAUAUUCAGCGUGGAAAAACAUGGAUAUUUGAUCAUUGCACAAAUCCGUCACAAUUUGAAGUUCUAGCUCGUUUUAUAAUUUCAUUGUCAAAAUCACGUCCGUUAUUUGAAGAUAAAUUACAUUUAAUAUACCUAAUCAAUGACGUCCUUUUUCAUAGUGAACGUCGACAAGAACCUUGGAUAAAAGAAGCAUUACAUCCGCAUUUACAUCAUUUGCUCCGUGCUGCUUAUCAUUUUUUGGAUGCUACUGAAGCUCAACAAGAGAAAGUCUUGAAGGUCAUUUCUAUAUGGGGUGAUAAACAUUAUUUUGACGAGACAAAGAUUAAUAAUUUGAAAGCCAGUGUCUUAAUCCCUCCUCCUCCGCCUGGACAACCUCCGACUUCAAAUUUUUCUGAACCUGCUCCCCCUGGAAUAUCAUCGCAAUUUCCACCACCUGGUACUUCUCCGCCACCACCACCAUCUAUACCAAUUCAAGGAAUGAUGCCUCGUCCUGCAAUUCCUCCGCCUCCUGCAAUACCUCCAGUUCCCGAAAAGAAGUAUCACGAAUUACCGGCAGGAUUAAUGGUACCAGCAGUUUCGGCUGAGAAUCCACCAUAUACUCCUAUCCCUGUGGCCUCUAUUAGAAUUCCGCCGCAUCGUUUACCGCCUACCCCUGAAUUACUGGAUGCCUUGGACAAAUUUUAUGAAGGAUUAAAAUUAAUUACGCCUUCACCGGAAGAAGAGAAUAAAGAUAAUUCGACUACACAAAAGGAAACAAUUGAGUUAGAUAAAGAUGGAUGGGAAAAAGGAUUUCUCGAUAGUUUUUAUAAGGAUUUACAAGUGCGUCGAGCAACGGCCGCUGCCAAAGCAGUCUCCGAGAGACAUCGCAUUCGUAUGCCGUAUCAACAACAUGGUCAAGGGAUCGAAGUUAUUCAAGAUCUAAAUCAAGAUCAAGGUCUUCCUCACGAGUUCGAUCAAGAAGAAUUAGAAGAAGACAUAGUUAUUCAGACUCAUCGAGAAGUAAAAGUAGAGGUCGAUCCCGAAUUCACGGAAGACAUAGAGUCAGAAGUCGGAGUAGAAAUCGUUCUAGAUCAGGAUCUAGGCAUCGAUAUAGAAGUCGUAGCCGUUCAAGGAAUACUUGGAGAAGAACGCGAUCACAUUCAAGGACAUCAUCUUCUCAUUCACGUAGAAGCUAUAGUCGUGAUAGGCGUAAAUCUAGUGAAUAUAGUUCAUCUUCUCGACGACGUCGGCGUAGUAGAUCAUAUAGUAGAUCAAGGAGUGCUAGGACAAGGAGAUGAAAUUGCAAGACCGGACAAAAUGAUAUCAGAUCGGAAUGUUGGUUUUCAGAUGUUGAAAAAAUUAGGGUGGGAAGGUGCUGGCACAGGUUUAGGUUCAUCUUCUACUGGAAUUGCUGAGCCUAUUAAAGGUGGUGAAGUUAGGCACGGAGAACAAAAAUAUCUAGGGGUGGGACAUGAUCGAGGUGAAGGGGAUGACAUUUUUGAUCAAUAUCGUAAACAGAAAAGUUACACAUAUCAAAGAAUAGAUGCACCCUCAAAAGAUAAGCCUGCUGGAUGUUUUCGAUGCGGAAAACCAGGACACAUUGCUCGAGAAUGUCAUGCAAUUGGACCGUUUCAUUAA